AUGCAAUACAAGCGCAGCUGGUCGUCGCCUCUACUCAUCUUCGUAUCCAAGCCCGGUCCUCAGGAAGUCGUCCUGGGCCAACGUGUCCUCGACUCCUUCCUCUCACGCAACGCAUCUUCCAACAUCUGCCAACGUGUCCUCGACUCCCUCCUCUCACGCAACGCAUCUUCCAACAUCUGCCAACGUGUCCUCGACUCCCUCCUCUCACGCAACGCAUCUUCCAACAUCUGCCAACGUAUCCUCGACUCCCUCCUCUCACGCAUCUUCCAACGUAUCUAUCUUUGCGCCUGA